UGAGCUCCCGGGUAGGAGUGACCCGGCAGACCCCAUUCCACUAUGGAGAAAAGAGGCGCUCCUUUCCUGGUGGGCAGCAUCCUCCUGCUUCUGAUUGCAGCUCAAGGAAACCCAAUAAUUAGGACUCCACGUUGCACCUGCAUCGGCAGUAGGCAAGAGAGGAUCAACCCCAAAUCCUUGAAAGAUCUCAAACAAUUUGCCCCCAGUCCUUCUUGUGAGGAAACUGAAAUCAUUGCUACACUGAGGAACGGAGAGCAGACAUGUCUAGACCCCAAGUCCGCAUCUGUGAAGAAACUGCUGAAAAACUGGGAGAAACAGAUCAGCCAAAAGAAAAGGCAGAAGAAAGGGGAGAAACAUCAAAAAUUCAAGAAAGUUCAAAAAAUUAAAAAAUCCCAGCGCCCUCAUCAAAGGAAGGCUACCUAA